AUGGGCCAGCAGAAUGAUGAGUUGACUCAAUACGAGUUGCAAAGUUUUAACUCAAGUAGCAGCAAUGGUGUAAAUAAAACUUAUAAUUAUAUCACUGCAGAUGCAGAAUUGAAAAAACUUAAAAAGAAAGAAUACGAAACUGGUUCAUCGAGUAUUGUAGUCGAUGGUUCUUCAAGACAUUUGCAUGGCAGCCAUGGAUCUCAUUCUGUGAGUGGUGAUGAAGAUGAACCUUACGUGGAUCAAGGUGUUGUUCAGGAUGCUGAGGUCAAACGUGAACUAAAACAAAGACAUAUCGGUAUGAUUGCUCUGGGAGGUACCAUUGGUACUGGUUUAUUCAUUGGUAUUUCAACUCCUUUGAAAAACGCUGGUCCUGUAGGUUCCUUGAUUGCUUACCUUUUCAUGGCUACCAUUGUGUUCUCAGUUACCCAAUCAUUGGGUGAAAUGGCUACAUUCAUCCCUGUCACUUCUUCUUUCACUGUAUUCUCUUCAAGAUUCAUAUCACCUUCUAUUGGUGCCGCAAACGGUUAUAUGUAUUGGUUCUCCUGGGCUAUUACAUUUGCCUUGGAAUUAUCUGUUGUGGGUCAAAUUAUUCAGUUUUGGACUGAUGCUGUCCCUUUAUCUGCAUGGAUCGUUAUUUGGUGGUUUAUUUUAACUAUUAUGAAUAUGUUCCCUGUGAAAUUCUAUGGUGAGUUCGAAUUCUGGGUCGCCUCGAUCAAAGUCAUCGCUAUUAUGGGUUUCUUAAUCUACUGUCUAUGUAUGGUCUGUGGUGCAGGUGUCACUGGACCUGUAGGGUUCCGUUACUGGAGAAACCCAGGUCCUUGGGGUCCAGGUAUCAUUUCAAGUCAAGUAGCUGAAGGUAGAUUCUUAGGUUGGGUCUCAUCUUUGAUCAAUGCUGCUUUCACAUAUCAAGGUACUGAAUUAGUCGGUAUCACUGCUGGUGAAGCUGCAAACCCAAGAAAAACUGUUCCAAGAGCUAUCAAGAAAGUUAGUUUCCGUAUUUUGAUCUUCUAUAUCCUUUCUCUAUUCUUUAUUGGUUUAUUGGUACCAUUUGAUGAUCCAAAAUUAUCCAGUGAUGACUCUUAUGUCUCUUCUUCCCCAUUCAUUAUCGCUAUCCAAAACUCAGGUACCAAAGUUUUGCCACAUAUUUUCAAUGCUGUCAUUUUAUCCACCAUCAUCUCAGCUGGUAAUUCUAAUAUCUAUGUUGGUUCAAGAGUCAUGUUUGGCUUAGCAAAGACUAAGCUAGCUCCAAGAUGGUUCGGUAUUACUACAAAACAUGGUGUCCCAUACAUUGCGGUUUUGUUCACAUCAGCUUUCGGUGCUUUGGCAUUCUUAGAAGUCUCAUCUGGUGGUGCAAAAGCAUUCAAUUGGUUAUUGAACAUUGUUGGUGUUGCAGGUUUCUUUGCCUGGCUAUUGAUUUCCAUAGCGCACGUUAGAUUUAUACAAACAUUAGAGCACCGUGGUAUUUCCCGUGAUGACCUGCCAUUUAAAGCUGCAUUGAUGCCUUGGCUAGCAUAUUAUGCCAUCUUCUUUAUGAUCAUUAUUAUUAUUAUCCAAGGUUUUACCGCAUUUGCCCCAACUUUCAAUGGAUCCGAUUUCGUCGCUGCAUAUAUUUCGGUAUUCUUAUUCUUCUUCCUAUGGGUUUCAUUCCAAUUGUAUUUCAGAUGUAAACUUUACUGGAGUCUAGACGAAGUCGAUAUCGACACCGAUAGAAGAGAUAUUGAUGCCAUCAUCUGGGAAGAUUCGGCACCAAAGACAUUCUGGGAUCGUUUCUGGGAUGUUGUUGCAUAA